CGGGCCGACUGCUGAGCAGUCGGGUCAGAUCUUCCCUGACGACUUCUUCCUUAUUGAUUUUUCCUUUGUCUUCAUGCUUGCAGGAGCCAAUGCCGACUUGAGGGAGCAGCUCAGCGGGGCCCAGACCACCCUUCACGCCAAGGAAGCCGAGUGCAACACCUUAGUCCUGGAGCGUGACCGCCUGGCCAAGAAGUUGGCCGACCAGGAGGAGAGCCACAAGGCGGCCCUGAAGAAGGCACAGGACAGCGAGGACGCCCUCAAAGCUGAGUUCGAUACCGAAGCGGCGGGUUGGGCUGAGGCAAAACAAGCGCUGAGCGAGGGCUACGGCCGGGUGGAGGAUCUGAUCGAUGACUACUUCCCCGGCUACUCCGUCAUUGCCACCUAGACCAUCGAGGCCCACCGCGAGGCGCGCCGGCAGGCGGGGGCUGAAAUCGCGCCGGACGCGAGCCGGACGCUUGAGGAGCAACUCUUGGCGGUCCAAGCCCGGCUGCAGCUGGCUCACCGCAUGCUCCACCGCCUCCAGCGUGCCGGGGCGCAGGUGUUGGCCACCCUCUGGCCAGGCGAAGCGAUUCCCCGCACCCCGAGUCGGACUGCCGACUGGCUGGAGGUUGC